AUGAAUACUAAAACCAGCACUGGAGAUGCAUCCAGCAGUGUUGGUGCCUCACAGGGUUCAUCAGGAGGGAUGACACCCAUGGCACCCUCUUUGGGUGGGCUAUUUGCUGGAGGGUUUCCCACCCUCAGGUCUAUAGGACAAAGAGACGUAACAGGCAAGACCUCAGUGUUUCGAUCGAGCUCUUCAGCGUCCCUGAAGCCGCUGUGGAACGCUCCCAUGUCCACAGACCCUGAGCCCCAAAGGACAGCGGAGCUCCGCACCUUUGUUCACCGUGCACAUGCUCCCUCAUCCUCUGCUCCUCCCUCCCCAUCUCAUGGCAGCAAGCACCCACCUUUUUUUCCUGUUUCUACUCCCCCUCUGACUCCCCCUGCUCCUCCAUCUGCUCCUCCUCCGCCACCACCCCAAGCCUUCCAGGACCGUCCAGCCAGCAGGAACCCACCGCUCCCCUCCUGUCCUCCCCCUCCACCUCCGUCCCAGGUCACCAAGCCCACCUGGCUUCCCAUCCAACACUCCCCCCAUACUUCCAUCUCGCAUCCAUCUACUCCUCCUCCUCCUCCUCCACCUUUCCAUCCUCCCUCCGCUGUCCCAGGGGACCGCUCCUCGGGAUGCUUCUACCCUCUGCCUCCCUCUCCAGUCCACUCCGAACCGUCAAGGUUCCCCAUCCUGCGGGACAGCCCUCUGGGACCUCCUCCCCCACCUCCUCCUCCACCUCUCCCAUCUUCCUUUACCCCCACCUGCCCAUCCAACCUCCCUCCACCGCCGCCAAAGAUGGCCCCAGUGCCCUCCCCGGCCAUGCGCCCUCUGCCACCGUCAUACCCCUGCAACGCUCCCACCCGACGGCCACCUGCUGUGCCCAGAAGUGCAGGUGCUGGUCGGCUGGCUCCUCCUCCAGCUCCUCCGGCACGAUCCCCGACCACGGAGCUGUCCACCCGCAUCCCUCCCCCUCCGCCACCGCCUCCCCCGCCCCCAUUCAGUCUAAGGAACGGACACCUGCACAGCCUGGCUCUGGCAGAUGAUUUUGAAUCCAAGUUCCACUUCCACCCGGUAGAAGAUCUACCUCCUCCAGAGGAGUUCAGGCCUUUCCCCCGGAUCUACCCCAGCAAAGAACACAGAGUGAACCCCAAACCACCAAUGAUUAGGACACACCUCAGAUGAGUGCAGGUCUGUUCUUCAUCCCCCAAACAGCAAAAAAAAGACAUUUUUCCUGCUCCUCCUCCUCCUCAUGACAAUAACACAAUUGCCAUGGACUUAUUUGGAUGCGAGCCCUGUGUGUGUUUUGUUUGCGUCCAGUAUGUUAGCAUGUGUGGAUGUGGUGAGUGUCAAACAGGCUCCUGCCUUAUACUGACUAUGUGACCUUUGACCUUUUCCAGUGUGGAAUGUUUUGAAUCUGUGUGAGGAGGAGGGCGCUCCCUCCUCAUAAACUACACACACACACACACACACACACACUUUACUCCAAGGACAGUAUCUUCCACUAGCUAUAUUUAAUAUGACUCUCGACACAAUGUAAAGGCUUAGGCAUUUCAGUAUCUACAAACAGUAUAGAAUAUUUUUCAUAAUACCUCUUGUGAUACAGUAUAUCUCAGAGAGACGUUUUGUUACGAUGUAUAAAGUGUCAAUUUUAAAGUCUGAUUUCAACCAUAAAACAGACAAUGACAAAAAUAUACAAACUGUCUCAAAAAGUAAUUUUAUCAAAGAUGGUUUCCAACAUUUUAAUUAGUUCUUAUUAUUUAAUUUGUGGAAAGUGGGAGGUAGUAGAGAUGUCAUCCCUCUUUAUACACAGUCUAUUUUUUUAAGUUGUAUCCGUUUCCUCCGUUACAGGAAUUCUAUGCAGCGAAUGAGUCAGCCUUGUUUCAUUGUAAACCUCAGUGAGGAGAAAUAAUGUUGAACACAUUUCAAGAUUCACUCACACAGCUAUGUUACCCUUGGUUGCCCAUACAUAACUGAUCAUACACUGCAGCGGUGCUCUCCUGUGUUUAUGUGAUUAUUUUUCUA